AUGAUUGACGUCUGGGUGCACUGAUCAGCCGGCCUCUUUCCCCCGAUCCCUCAGUGUCUCAGUGUUAAUCCCCGUGAAAGAUAUGAAGCCUGAGCUGGUGUUCUUACUGCUGUUCCUGUUGCAAACCGGCCACACCGCAGAGGAGUCUUGCAUUGAACGAUGCGAUAUCGGCUAUGAUGCAACCAAACAAUGCCAGUGUGACUCUUUAUGCAAGUACUACAGGAGCUGCUGCACUGACUAUGAGGCACUCUGUGACAAUUUAACUCGUGGAGACACUUUCCCAUCUUUUCCCGAGGAUGAGGAGAACAGCACGGCUAUGGCACCUACACACAGUGCCGAGAACAUGAACACAAUGACUCAGUCUCCAUCUGUUAACAAAGAGCUAACUUUCUUAACUACUGCUCCACCAAUCUCAGACCCUGAUGCUGAGGUGUGCAGCGGGAGGCCGUUUAACUCCUUCAUGCAACUCAAAAAUGGCUCGCUCUAUGCCUUCAGGGGAAAGCAUUUUUUUGAACUGGAUGAACGGUCAGUGUUGCCAGGUUAUCCAAAACUCAUUGAAGACUAUUGGGGGAUAAAAGGUCCUAUAGAUGCAGCAUUUACACGCAUAAACUGCCAAGGAAAAACAUACAUCUUCAAGGGAAGCAAGUACUGGAGAUUUGAUAAUGGAGUCCUGGAUGAAGAUUUCCCAAGAGAUAUCUCUGUUGGAUUUGAAACAAUCCCAGAUAACUUAGAUGCUGCCUUCGCCAUCCCUGCUCACAACCACCAUGGCAAAGAGAAGGUCUAUUUCUUUAAAGGUGACCGUUAUUAUCAGUAUGACUUUAAGCACCAGCCGUCUCAUGAUGAGUGCAUUCAGAUGUCCAGGAUCUUCCCCUCUGCUAUCUUCAGAAGAUAUACAGAUUUAUAUUAUGAUCGCUGGGCAGAGCACUUCAGCCAGCUCUUCAGUGGAUUUGAAAGCCAGCAUGGCACCAAUCACUUCAUUAGUAAAGACUGGAUUGGUAUCAAACCCCCAGUGGAUGCUGUACUGGCUGGAAGACUGUAUGUUUCACCUAGAUAUUUACAGCGGCCCAGUAGAAGGCGUCAGGAUCAACUGGGGGGAGUCCGGAGUCAACAGGGGAAUCAACAGCUGAACCAACAGUGGAACCAAGACUGGAACCAACAGGGGGACAAAUUAUGGAACCAGGAGUGGAACCAGCAAUGGGACCAGCAAUGGAACCAACAGCAGUGGGGCUCGCGGCGCAGACAAUCCCGAUCUCCUUUCUGGGACACUGUGGUAGAGAGAGGUAGUAGCAUCAGGCAAGAAUUUAGCCAGAGGUUUGGCCAGGACAACUGGAGAAAUGAGGAUAGACGCAGGAAUGGUUAUCAACAGCAGAAUGACAACGAUUUUGACUACAGAUACAACCCUUCUGAGGAUGCAACAUUCAACCGAAUCCGCUGGAGCAGGCCACUACAGAGUGUCUACUUUUUUAAAGGAGGUCAGUAUUACCGAUUCAAUUUACAGACCAAGCGUGUUGACUUUGCCAUUCCUUCGUACCCCAGACCGAUAGGCAAAUACUGGCUGGGAUGCAGAGACACACCCGGAGCAGAGAGGAGAUAAGUGUCUAAAAUGUAAAAU